AUGGCGAGCAAUGCGGCAGCCUUUGCAAUGUUGGGCCCCACCACUUCUGAAGCAGUGAAGAAUGGCUUUGGAGUGAUUGAUGGUGGAGCCACAAGAACUCUUGGCUCCGUGCAGGCGAUAGAAGCCGUGAUGCAGAGGAAUGCACAGAAGAGGGGAAGCACCGGUGUGAAAGCCGUGGACCUCGAGAACAAACCGGUCUUCGGUUUCGCGGACAGUGGCGAGGCCCAGUGCGUGUCGACGAUCGACUUGGGUCUGCAGGCCAACGGCCAAGGAGGACACCUACGAAUCCAUGCUCUGGAUAAAGGAAGUGGCCCGAUUCUGGUGUCCGUAGCCACACUGCGGGCACUCGGUGCCAUCAUCGACUUCAGCUCAUGGUCCUUCGCGCCCUCGACCCACGCAAACUGGUGCAUUUGCAGCGCUCGGCCACAGCACAGGCCAUCAGGACAACGCCUCUCGUUCGCCAAAUCGGAUGGUAAACGGGAGGUGCAGCAGUUUUUCGGUGAUGGGAAUGUAGCCAAGGCAGCAGUAGGAUCUGACUCGGAAGCCAAGGUCCCAGUUGCGUUCGGUGUUGGGGAUAGGAUUGGUAGUGGGGUUUCGGUUACUACUAAUCCUGAGCAGACAGGGAGCCAGACAGUACCUGAACAUCAGGCGCAGGAGUGUAUGUCGCAGCAAUCUCGAGAACCAAGCGGACCAUCGAAUAACACCCUCGACGCCCUCGUGACCGAACAUGGCCAGCGAGACCGUGGUGAACUGAACAAGGCCGUGCAGAAGAUGACCAAGGGCGAGCUCACAGCAGCCAUCCGCGACUAUGGGGAAAUCCCAGCAGCCUCGUGGAACAUGUCGGAGCUACAGCUACGCCACCGGCUGAGGGAGCUGAUGGACUUGGACGAGGAGGAGCAGUUUGCGGGGGUCAAGACGCUGUCGCCGCUCCAGCAGCAGAUUGUGCAGCUCAACAAGCAAAAGCGGCGCGAGGCGGACCUCACUCGUUACCUCGAGGAGGUCCUGAAGAUCCCGGUGAACCACAACGAGACCAUGUACCAGAUGGAGGUGAAGGCGAUGGACUACCUCUACAAGAAUGUGGAGAGCACGGGACGCGAUGUUGUGGGUUUCGGGCGACAUGCGGCCUUGACCUACUCCGACCUCCUGAAGACCUACCCGCAGUACACGGAUUGGGUGGUGAAGACCUACAAGGAAGCCGAGGACUCAGGUCCCCGUCUUCAGCGCUUGGCUCAGUGGCUCACGCGUGCCACGGAUGUCACGGCACCUGUGGUGGUAGCCGCCGAAGUGCCGCAGGGAAGCAGGUCCGUUUCCAGCUCCCCUCCGAAGAAGAUCGAGAACGAGCAGGAGGAGAUCGAGGAGAUCCGCGAGACGGCGUCGGCCUCCACCGAGCGACCCCGCAAGAAGGAGAAGGAGAUGAACAGUUGCGUGGGAGCCCACGCUCGGUCUGAGGCUGAGGAACAGUUGGGUUGUAGCCGGGACCUUAGCCAGAGCCAAGCCCGAAUCUUAGAGGACACUGCGGCAAGCAUCGUUCCUAGUUUGUUUCAAGAACUGGUUGCCUCGGAUGGAGCGGGUGGCCAACGCCCAGUUCUCAUGGAAGUUGCCUGCUCCCCAGACAGCCUUUUAACGAAGGCCCCAUGUUCGGAGGAGGAGUGCCAGGUAAUGGCUGAACUCUGGGAUACUCAUGCUGACUUGCAUCGCAGGGCGGCUUUUGGUAAGAGGCUUAUGCAACCUGCCAAUGGGGCUCCAACCUUGUUGCCGAGUCUUGAGAACAUCAGCUACAAUUUCCUGGUGAUGAAGGAGAUUGUGUUAAAGAUGAGUGCGAGGCAACGCCUCAGUGCCGACCCUGCGGACAUGCUUGCGAAGAUGUUCGUAGGGUGGUAUGGCAAGCACAAAGCCUUUUUCUCAGAGAUCAAAGAGUUUGACCCUGUGGUUUGGGCUUUCAAGGAUGGUUGGGUCGUACACAAGAUGAUCACCCUCCUACGUCCCAAGGAUCCGAAGGUCAAGGAGCUCUGGGAAAUCCUUGUUGAUGUGAAGAAAAGACAGAAGGAUGCAUGGAAUGCAGCCAAUGGUCCUGAUCCUCUCCCAGAAGCUCUGGCGGAAGUGUCCGAGGCCGAGGAUGAUGGCUAUGAGCCAUGUGUCGAUGAUUGUGAUCCUGAUCAGAUGUUUGAGGGGGAGGAGUCAAUUGAGGCUGUGGAAGGGGAGGCUUCAGUCGAGGCUACCCUCAGGGAGGCUUCAGUCGAGGCUACGCUCGGGGAGGCUUCACUCGAGGCUAUGCUCAUGGAAGCUUCAGUCGAGGCUACACAAAGGGAGGCUUCAGUCGAGGCUACGCUCGGGGAGGCUUCAGUCGAGGCUAUGCUCGUGGAAGCUUCAGUCGAGGCUACACAAAGGGAGGCAGCCGGGGCCGUGUGUCGGUCAAGCUUGACUAGGGAGGAAAAGAUCCAGCUGGACAGUGCUGAGCUAGGUUAUCGCCUUGCCCAUACAACUUCGGAGACUUGGGAAGAUGAGCAAAGUCUUCAAACUCCGGACGAGUAUCAAGUGGUUUCUAGCAGUGUUGAGCCUUUGCCAGAGCCAAGCUUGGAAAGUCAGAAGACCUUCUUGGAUGAAAGCCCGGCUGAGCCAGCAGUGUGCACGAUUGAAUCUAGCCCCGACGAAGCCCCAUCGUCAUCAAGGCCCUCCGCGCUGAAACGCCGCCCGCAUAUUCCUAAAACCUGGAAAGAUGACUUCUCACAGAAGCUUACGCCCGAGCAGAAGGCCAGGUUCUUGGAGGCUUGCAAGCUGAAGAUGAACGGAGUCUGCCUGGGCUUUGUGGUUCUUUGCUGGCAGAGGCAAAGGUGGCACGUGAGGGCGACCUUGGCAGAGGCUCUGCAAGCUUUGUGGCACCAUCGCCAGCACAGCAUGCCCUUGAGGAACCCCGAUCAGGAGGAUACCUAUGUGCCAGAAGCAGACCCCAGCCUGGAGAGUUUGAUUCGGGAUAUGGCUCCGUCGCCAACGCGCGAGCCUAGCCAGGAGCUGGGGGAACAGGCUGCAGCUUCAGAGGCUUUCGAGGAUGAUGAGCCAGAGUCCCCGUGUGAGGUGCCUGCAUCGAAAGAUGACCAGAUGCGCUUCAUUCUUGCACACCGAAAGGAAAAGAAAGCAAAAGCAGCUGCAAAGGCCAUUGCAGCAGAUGCGAAGAAGAAAGCUGCGGCUGAAGCAAAGGCUGGAGCAAAACGUGGACGCAAGCCCAAGCAUGAAGCCGAAGCUAUGCCAGCACCCGAGUCCGAGGGCAAUGCCAAUGAUGCGGAAGGCUUGUCAGCUGCUGCAGCAGCCAAAGCCGAUGAUCCAAAGCCCAAGGGAAAGCCAGGACGCAAGCCCAAGCAAGCCGGAGCCGAUGCUCCAAAACCCAAGGGAAAGCCAGGACCCAAGCCCAAGAAAGCCGGAGCCAAUGAUCCUGAGGAACCUUCGUCAAAGCCAGGACCCAAGCCCAAGCAAGCCAGAACCCAUGAUCCUGAGGGAGCUUCGUCAAAGCAAGGACCCAAGUCCAAGAAAGCCAGAACCAAUGAUCCUGAGGAACCUUCUUCCGAGCCAGGACCCAAGUCCAAGAAAGCCAGAACCGUUGAUCCUGAGGAACCUUCGGCAGGGUCAGGACCCAAGUCCAAGAAUGCCAGAACCGAUGAUCCCGAGGAACCUGUCGUGCCCCAUGCGAUGAAGGCUAAGCCAAAGGGAAAGGCUGCCAUGAAGAAGCCAGCAGCACGCAAGCAGCUCCAUCCAGACGCUGCAGUUGCAGAGGUGGAGCAGGACUUCGGUGUGAAUGACAUGCCACCACCCAUGGAGGCGGACCUCCCAAAAACCUUUGCCCGCCGUGCAAUGCCCACGACAGCCCAUGGAGUGAACAAGUACCGGCGCAUCGUGGGUGCCUUCAGGGAUCAUGUCUUGCCGAAGUUGAAGGACCGCCAGAAGUGUGCGGCCGAGGACCCUGGUUUGUUUUUUACAGUAGGGAGGCACAGCUCCACCAAAAUGGGGCCGAUCAUGUUGGUGAACCCCUGCUACAUAUAG